UUUGGUUGCUAAGCUCCAGCUGAAAGACAACCUCCAUUUUGUACAACAAAACAACAUCUACAAUUUCUCGUAUUUUUACGAAGUUAUUUACGAUAUGGAUGAAUACCAGUCCGCAGAAGAAACCUCUUUUGUUGUAGAUGAAGUCAGCAACAUUAUAAAAGAAGGAAUUGAAAGUGCAAUCGGCGGAAACGCAUACCAACACAACAAAGUCAACCAGUGGACUUCAAACGUUGUGGAACAGUGCUUAAAUCAACUCACCAAACUUGGAAAACCCUUCAAGUACAUCGUUACAUGUGUAAUAAUGCAGAAAAAUGGCGCUGGGCUUCAUACAGCUAGCUCUUGUUACUGGGAUAACACUUCAGAUGGGAGUUGUACWGUGAGAUGGGAGAACAAAACAAUGUACUGCAUCGUCAGUGUCUUUGGCUUAGCAAUUUAGACUUUUAAACCAUCAAGGAACUUUCUUCUACAUGCCCUUGACUGAAAUAAUUAUCACUUGUGUUUCUGGGGUCGUUGGACUCUUAUCUUCAAUGCCAAACUCAUGGACAAGGUCACUCAGCCAAGAUUUUGAAUGUCAAAUUAGUUACUAAGAUGUCUGCAUGAAUUUUGAUCUUAUUAUGAUCAAGUUCAGAUUAUAUAUCGUCUUGACUAGCCUGAUUUUCAGACGGGGCCUGGGUCCUACGCUUCACUCCA